AUGCAGGUACAACCUCCAUUUCUCUUGCUCUUCACUCUGUUCAAUGCUGUUGUCUUUGGUUUUGAAGCUGUGAAUCAGGCAAGAGACUUUGUCCUUACGAUUCAAUCCGUUGUUAUUGUUGACAAGUCGGGAAAUGGCAAUUUCCAGACCGUUCAAGCAGCCAUUGACUCAGUUCCACCUAAUAACAAUCAUUGGAUUAAGAUUCAAAUAAACCCUGGUGUAUACAAAGAAAAGGUGACAAUCCCACUAGAAAAGCCUUUCAUAUAUCUCGAAGGAGCUGACAGCAGUAAUACGGUUAUCACGUUCGAUGACCAUCAACAAACAGACACUAGUGCUACAUUUACUUCACGUCCUCCCAACAUUAUUGUUAGAGGCAUUACUUUUGAGGUGCUGUGGCUUCUAAAAACUGAUUUUAUAUUCAUAGCAUUAUUUGAGAUUUUGAAGCUAUGUAAGAACUCAUUCAACCUUCGAGAAGCUCCAGAGCUGUUUUCUUGCGAUGAUGGAACUUACAUUACACAAGCAAUAGCAGCAAGAAUCUACGGCGACAAAUCAGCUUUUUUCAACUGUGGAUUCAAAGGGUAUCAAGACACGUUAUGGGAUGUACAAGGUCGCCAUUUCUUCUCACAUUGCUACAUUGAAGGAGCCAUAGACUUCAUCUUUGGUAGUGGCCAAUCAGUUUAUGAGGAUUGCAUGAUAAAUGUUAAUGUUGCAAGUCUUCCUCAAGUCUACCAAGGAUACAUUACUGCACAAAGUCGACAAUCAGCAGCAGAUCCAAGUGGAUUUGUAUUUAAAGAGUGCACCAUAAAGGGUAGUGGGAAAGCUUUGUUGGGGAGAGCAUAUGGUCCUUUUUCCAGAGUUAUAUUCAAAGAUGCUAUAAUGGGUUCAGUGGUAGCACCAGAGGGAUGGUACGCCUGGCACUUCAAGGGCAAAGAGGAAAAUUUUAUGUACGUUGAGGAGAAUUGUACCGGACCAGGAGCUUCCACUUCCAUGAGAGUUCCAUGGGCAAAGACACUUGAUGCCUCGCAUCUAACAGGCUUCUCCGUGGAAUCCUUCAUUAACCAAGAUGGGUGGAUUCCCACAGUCCUUUGA